UCGACUUAACCCCCACCGCCAUCCGCGAAAGGCUAAUAAAACACAAGAACCCACCCACAUCCGGUUCAUAUCUCAAAAUCAAACCGCCUUUGCCAACAUGAGAAUGAAGACUUCUUUCAUCGUCUUGCUUCUUUCGUUACUCAUGUUCUUCCUUUUUACAUCAGACUCUAUUCAAGAACAGCAGCAACAACAACCUCUUCCUCUUCAUAUGAAAAUGAAGACUCUCCUCACCAAUAUCCAAUCCUACCUAUUUCCUCCCAACCUGGAUUUCAGAGGAAGCGUUAGUGUUAGCAAAGAUGAACCCAGUGUGACCGGUGCAAGUGAAACAGAAGGCGGCGCUGGGGACAAGUUUAAAGAGGCUGUCGCCAAGAGUCUAGGUGAAGGGAAAGCAACCGUUGAGGAAACUGCCAAAACCGCCGCACAAAAGCUCAAGGACACCUUUUCUUCCCAUCAUGAUCCCCAAGAAGACCUCUGA